AUGCCGCCCCAAUGGCCCAAGGCGCCGGAGCCGACCACAGGCGACUACGAGGACAUGCGCCUCUGGAACAACGACGGCCUCCCGCCACCGGACACAAACGACGUGCAAGAUGCCCACGACCGCGGCAAACCCCUCUACGGCGCCCCCAAAAUCUCCGCUCGCGACUCCCUCCGCUCCGCCCGCUUCGCCGAAGUCGGCCUCGAAGCCGGCGACCACGAAGUCGCCACCCACCCCUCCCGCGCCACGUGGUACUGGCUUGAAGAACGCAAGAAGCGACUCGGCGGACUGAUCGAAGGCAUCGAUGAAGAGCUCGCGGAGAUGGAGGAGAGGCGGAAGAUGUUGCAGGCGCAGAAGGAUUCUUUGGAGGCCAAAUUGAGGGCGGAUCAGGAGAAGAAGGGAGCGGAGGGAGAGGAGGGACGGAAGGCGAUCGAGGUGCAGAAGAGGUAUGACGACUACUUGCGCGGGGAGGGGGAGGAGUUGGAUUUGGAGGUUGAGUAG